CAGCCAGGUUCUGACAAACGGGAGGCCGGAGGAGAAAGGAGCAACAGUCCUGCGGCUUUAACGUGUUAGCACGAAAAGGGAGACGCCACUGCCGCCAGUGUGCGCUGGGAGCUGCACGAAACAAGCUAGCGAUGAUGGAACAGCAGUUUUGGUCUUUCACCCUUCAAACUAAAACCAUACGUGGGACCGAUCGCGUCAUAACAGACAAUUAAAGAAAGCCAGAUUGUAUUGGUCUUUUAUAUCUCAAAAUGGAGCUCCACGCCGCGCAACCCUUCGCUGUCCUUCGUUUCAACGAGGCACGUUGCGCGUGUGUUUUAUUUUGAAAAACACAAACCGGAAAUGUAGUCCGAGCUUGUUGUAUCCACUUUGCUGUGACGAGCGGGGAAGCUUCAAGUUCCUGUCGUGCGAAAAGACUCGCGCAAAAAGUUGACGCCAAAACCCCAUUUUUAAAACUCUUUUUUUUUUUAACCAAACAAAACUUUUUUUUGGAAUCAAUCACAAACAUGGCACUAACCGACGCCGACGUGCAGAAACAGAUAAAACACAUGAUGGCCUUUAUCGAGCAAGAGGCCAGUGAGAAAGUAGAGGAAAUAGACGCCAAAGCAGAGGAAGAGUUCAACAUCGAGAAAGGUCGCCUGGUGCAGACUCAGAGGGUGAAGAUAAUGGAAUACUUUGAAAAGAAGGAAAAGCAGAUUGAACAGCACAAGAAAAUCCAGAUGUCCCACCUGAUGAACCAAGCAAGGCUGAAGGUGCUAAAAGCCCGUGAUGACAUGAUCAACGAUUUGUUGAUGGAAUCCCGGCAAAGACUAGCAGAGAUUGCCCAGGACCCUGCCAGGUACUCCACACUGCUGGAGGGACUGGUGUUACAGGGAUUCUACCAGCUGCUGGAAGAAAAAGUUACCAUUCGCUGUCGACAGCAGGAUGUGGAGAUGGUUCAGGCUGCAGUGAAUAAGAACAUCCCCAUCUACAAGGAGGCUGUGAAACAACACAUAGUCGUUAAAAUCGACACACACCAUUUUCUACCAUCAAGCAUCUGUGGAGGGGUGGAGCUAUAUAAUGACAACGGCAAGAUAAAAGUGUCCAACACUUUAGAGAACAGACUACAGCUUCUAGCACAUCAGAUGAUGCCUGAAGUCCGAGUGUCCUUGUUUGGCGCCAACCCCAACCGCAAGUUCACAGAUUAACGGUGGAUUUGAAGGGAGCAGCGUGCACGCAGGUGGAAUAUGUUUGGUGAACACUCUUCCGAAAGGGGAGCUUUGUUGCACAAUCCUAGUCCGACAACAAGUUCACACACCCCAGUGCCUUACUUUUGUUGUUGUUGUUUUAACCCAGGUGAAUACUUUGAAUGUAAUUGAAACCAUAAAUGUCUUCACCGUGUCCAGAAGCCAACAAAGAGCAGCUUUACUAAUGUUACAAAGUAUUUCAUAAUCAAAAACCAAAGUAAUAAACAAGUGGGAGACGGAAAACUUGUGUAUCUUUAUUUACAAGUUGUAAAUAAACAGUUGUUUUCUACAUUGGUGAAAUGAAAUACCGUAUUUUUUUGAAUUGCCGCCGGGCAUAAAGUAAGCGCCUGCCUUGAAUUACUGCCGGGUCAAACUCGCUUCGCAAAAUAAUUAGCGCAUGCUUAGUAUUACCGCCUGGUCAAAAUUCCCCUGUCGUCAUUUUCAAAAUGGAGGAGGCUGAUUUCAAUCAUUUGAAAUCGCAUAAAGGGAAGAAGAAUAAGAGCUAUUCAGUAGGUCCAAGCUUACAUCACACUUAAAUUUUUACUGCAUGCCUUUGGUAAGUGCCGGAGUGAGAAGAGGUUUUAAAAUAAUUAGCACAUGCUUACUUUUACCGCAUGCCUCUGGUAAGCGCAGGACUGAGAAGGGGUUUUAAAUUAAUUAGCGCCCCGGCGGCAAUUCAACGAAAUACGGUAGUCUAAUUACAGUGGGGUAAAAAAGUAUUUAGUCAGCCAGCGAUUGUGCAAGUUCUCCCACUUCAAAUGAUGACAGAGGUCUGUCAUUUUCAUCAUAGGUACACUUCAACUGUGAGAGACAGAAUGUGGAAAAAAAAAUCCAGGAAUUCACAUUGUAGGAAUUUUAAAGAAUUUAUUUGUAAAUGAUGGUGGAAAAUAAGUAUUUGGUCAACCAUUCAAAGCUCUCACUGAUGGAAGGAGGUUUUGGCUCCAAAUCUCACGAUACAUGGCCCCAUUCAUUCUUUCCUUAACACGGAUCAAUCGUCCUGUCCCCUUAGCAGAAAAACAGCCCCAAAGCAUGAUGUUUCCACCCCCAUGCUUCACAGUAGGUGUGGUGUUCUUGAAAUGCAACUCAGUAUUUGUCUUCCUCCAAACAUGACGAGUUGAGUUUAUACCAAAAUGGAUACAUGGAUGAUACAGCAGAGGAUUGGGAGAAUGUCAUGUGGUCAGAUGAAACCAAAAUAGAUCUUUUUACAGACCUCCGUCAUCAUUUUAAAUGGGAGAACUUGCUAAAUACUUUUUUGCCCCACUGUAUAUAAACUACAAUAAUGCAUUUGCAGUAUAGAAAAAUUCUUUUAGUGUUUUUUUUUUUUAAAUGGUACUCCAAAAUAAUACUCAAAACAGCUCAUAGUUUGUUUUCCACUUACAACAAUAAGGCGUUCGUACUUAGUCAGGGUUUGGUCCAAUUUAUUUAGCUCUCAAGCUUUGAAGAGGAGGAAGUCAAGGCUUACAGUUUGUUGGAAGUGAGCUGCGUGUGUGUGUGUAUGUUUUACGCUAAUGCAGGGAUUAAAUCAUUAUCAUCAGAUUAGCAAACAACCUACUGACAGGCCGCACAGGCAGGGAAUCCAAGAUUACAACUCAGAGCACACGGAUGGAGUGGGAGGGAUGCAUAACAGUGCAGGUGUAAAUACAGUACCUGGCAGAAGUAUUAACUUGUGUUUUGUUGCCUCACAAACUGGAAUGAAAAUGGCUUGUUUAGAUUAGGCGUGUCCACAAUGGGGCUUUGGCCACCAAUGAUGGCGUUCAAAAUGUAAUA